AUGGGGUCUUUAUACCUUAAUAUGUUUAAGGGUUGGUGUUUCACUUCAAACUUAAUGCACCACCCUAAUGGUAGAAUUGUAGUGGCUUGGAAUCCUUUGAGUUUUGAUGUGGAUAUUCGAGGUGGUUCUAGUCAAUGGAUGCAUUUUAAUGUUGCUGUCAAGAAUGGUGCUCAGUUUGCCAUAACAAUUGUGUAUGCGUUUAAUGAUAUGAAGGGUAGGGAGAGGUUAUGGGUGGAUUUGGAACAUAUUGCUCAUGAUAUUAGCUGCCCUUGGAUUGUAAUGGGGGACUUCAAUGCUAUAUUAUCCCCUUCAGAUAGGUUUCCUUAUCAUGGUAAUGGUUCAGAAUUAGCCUCUUUUCAAAACUGUGUGGUGAAAUGUAGUUGGCUAGAGAAAUUUAAUGCAACUGAAGUUGUCUUUUUCCCUGAAGGUGAAAUGGAUCAUAGUCCUUUUGUGGUGAAUUUUGGCUCAGUUCCUGAGACUAGGAAACUUUUCAAAUUUUUCAAUUUUUGGAGUAAUCUUGAAGGAUUUCAGAGGAUAGUGGCAGAGAGUUGGAUUAAAGAUGUUAAUGGGACUCCAAUGUUUCGUCUGAUAUCAAAAUUAAAACGGCUUCGAGUGGAGUUGAAAAAACUUAACAGAGAUGGGAAAGGGGAUGUGUUUGUUCAGGAGGCGAAGAAGCUCAAGAUGAUGCUAGAUGUUCAAGGGAAAUUACAAACUUACCCUGGUAAUAGCCAACUGAUUGAUGAGGAGAUCUCAAGAAGAACAGAUUAUCAGCAGGCUCAUAAAAAUAAGAUUCAGUUUUUGAAGCAGAAAGUCAAAGAGGAGUGGUUAAAACAUGGGGAUGAGAAUACAAAAUUAUUCCACAAUACCAUUCUUAAUAGGAACAUUCAGAAUGCCAUUUACUCUAUUUGGGAUAUGAAAGGCAAUUGGCUAGAUAGGCAGGAAGAUGUUCCAAAAGGCUUUUCAUGA